ACGAUCGCGCUUGACAUUUGACACUUCGGCCGCCCGAGUAAUCGACGUAUUUUUUUUGCUUCGCGAUUGCGUCGUGCAAUUGACAGCCUUCUUUUUCCACAAAUUCCGGAAUUCAAUUUCGACCUGAAGUCGCUCGUUUGAGGCCCGAAGUGAUUUAAAGCGACAGCGAUGACAUCUGUCAUUUUCAAAAUGGCGUCUGGUGCGUCGACACGUUUUUCUCCGACCGAACCGUAAUUUUCGUUCGAGAUAUUGUUCGCGUUACACAAUUGACGCCAAAUGGCGAGUGUUUUAUUGCGAAACGUCACGCGGAUAGGCAGAUUAGGCAGACGCUUGAGGGAUACUCGGAUAACGGCGAGGACGAGCGACGAGAGGUGCAUCAUGACGAGCCGGGCGAGACUCGAAAAGGUUCUGGAGGAGCUGCAAAAGAAUCCCUAUUACGAUAAAUACGCCGAGAAACUCGCCAAGCUGCAACAGACCAGUCCGGAAGAGUUUCUGCAACGCGUCGAGCAACAAGAAAAAGCUCGUCAGAAGAAAGAGAAACAAGCUCCAAAGUUGUAUCAAACUGAGGCAAAACCAAGUUUGAAACCUGGUACGCAGAUGCAAGAGGCGCGAUUAAAUAGCAUAAUGAAGGUUGACAUGAUAAAAGAUAAGACAAAGGAAGAGAUUAUAGAAAUAUGGAAAGAGUACCACAAGCAAAAGGACUGUAUUUGCGGAACUAUGACACCUGAGCAAUACGACACAAUGUUUGCACGUGGCAAGCAAUAUUCUACUUUUCUUUUGCCAUUACCGAGAGAUCAUGGCUAUGAAUUUAUUAUGUGUCAAUUUUAUGGUUCUCAAAUACACAUGACACCACUUUUGUGGUAUCAGACGCAUAAAGAGGAUGCACCCGAAUGUUUAACCAUGAUUCAUUAUACCGAAUUGAGAGAUGAUAAAGGCAUUAUUCUCAUGCGGGGAGAAUUUGAUACCAAAUUACUACAAGUACAAGAAGCACAAUGUCUAGCUAAUGAACUACAAUUAUAUUAUUGUAAUGAUAACGAACACAGAUUACAGUUGCUUGAAACAUUUACUCAUAAACCUAACGAUUUUAAACAUAUGGAUCUAAUAGCUCAAUUAGAAACAAUAUCUCUAGAAACAACUAAUGUUGAGAAGGAGAAAUAAUAAAUAUUGUAAAAAAUUUCUAUAUUAUUCCUUAUUUAAUGUAGUAGAACUAUAUGUAUGAAAAAAAAUAAAUAGUUUUCAGAUUUAA